GUGUGGUCAGUUCGCCGCCAGCCGUCAGCACAACCACACGUGCUGGGCCCCGCUCCCGUGGUCAGCUCCUCACCUCUCGCUCCUCCUCCCCUAGACUUCAGCACCCGCGUUGUUCUGCUUCUGCGCACCGAUUGAAGCUUAAAAUAGCCGAGAUUUUUCGUUUUCCUGUGGAAGACGUCUUUUGCUGUUAUUUGCAUCCUGUAAGGAAGAUUAACCAUCUUUCGACAGAUUUGCACUGUACGAUAAACGAGGUGUAGCAUCCCUUGUCUGUCGUCAGCCUCAUUCAGCGAAACUACAGAUCUAUCUCCCAGUGCGAGUCAACUUACCUCUCCAGGAGUGACAAGGUCAAGUCCCAGAGAGACUUCAGGGAAGAGAUGGAGCUGUUCGGCGAGCUGUUCAAUACCAUAGAGGAGCGGGUGGAGCCCCUACCAACCAAACUUAAGGGUCAGUGGCCAGCUUGGCUACGAGGCAGCUUCCUCAGGGUGGGACCAGGCAAGUAUGACCUCGGGGACUUCACUCUCAACCACUGGCUCGACGGCAUGGCCAUCCUCCAUAAAUUCCAUAUUGAUGGUGGCAAGGUGUCGUUCCGUUCCAAGUACCUGCGGUCAGACGCCUACAAGAAGGCUUGCAUGGCUCAGCGUCCCGUCUUCACCGAGUUCGGUACCCACUGUUACCCCGAUCCCUGCAAGAACAUCUUCUCCAGAAUGUUCUCCCACUUCGAAAUGACAGACAACGCCUCCAACAACAUCUUGUGUGUUGAGGACCAGUUGUUCGUGUCUUCUGAGACCUGCUACAUCAGGAAGAUCGACCCCAACACACUGGAUACCAGGGACAAGGUGGAUCUGAACAAGGUGAUGGGUGUCAACUUUGCUUCUUCCCAUCCGUUGACUGACGACUCUGGGACCACCUACAACAUGGGCUGCUCCUUCAUGAGCGGACCCAAGUACAACAUCGUCAGGAUCCCGCCCUCUAAGGACAGCAAUCUCAGUGGGUCUGACCCGUGGAUUAAUGCUCGCACACUCACCACGGUCAGCUCGAGCUGGAAGGCGUCGUACGCGUACUACCACAGCUUCGGUAUGAGUGAGAACUACCUGGUGUUCCUGGAGCAGCCGCUGCUGGUCAGCACCCUCAAGCUGGCGACCUCCCAGCUCAAGAACCGAGCCCUCACAGACUGCUUCGACUGGCUCCCACAGGAGAGGGUGAAGUUCAUCGUGAUCCGCAAAUCGACGGGCGAGGUGGUGAAGGUGAAGUACAUCAGCGAGGAGGCCUUCUUCACCUUCCACCACGUCAACGCUUACGAGGUGGAGGGCCAGCUGGUGGUCGACCUGGUCGCCUACCCCAGCCCUGAGAUCAUCAAUAAACUCUACCUGAAGAAGGUCAGGAUGAACGAGUACAGCAGCGAAGACCCUCCCCAGUUGAAGAGGUUUAUUCUGCCCCUCGUCAGUGAUCUUCAGAGUGUAAAGGAAGGAGAGGAGCUGGUUCACGUGGCAGGGAACACGGCGUCGGCCAUCAAGGUGAAGAACAACCAAGACGGUGUUUACAUCAGUGUGACGGGAGUGGACGUGGGCGAGCCCGGGUUCGAGAUGCCGGUCAUCAACACGGCGCACACUGGCAAGCCGUACCGCUUCGUGUACGGCACCGGGGCCUACGAUCAGGGCUACUUCAAGAACUCGGUGUGCAAGAUGGAUGUGGAGAGCGGGCGCAGCUGGGUGUGGCGCGGCAACGAGCACCAGUACUUGUCCGAGCCCUCCUUCAUCCCCGCCCCGGACGCGAUCGACGAGGACGACGGCGUGAUCCUCUGUUCUGUCGCCGACGUCCGCAAGGGCAGCCCGGACUUCCUGCUGGUGGUGGACGCCCGCACCAUGAAGGAGCUAGGACGCGCUGAGGUGGACGCUCGCAUCCCUACCAGCUUACACGGAGUCUUCCUGCCAGAGAGGCACUGAUAGGAGUGACAGGGUUGUGAGGUGGAGUUGUGAGGGUUGAAGUUGGGGUUGUUGUUGAUGUUAUGAGGUCACAGUGCCGCAGGAGCACAGUGCCUUCAUGAUGCCCUAACACCAAAGUAUUGCUUUAGUCAUAGUGCCUUGAGGUCACAGUGCCGUGAGAGCAUCACUGCCUGUGACAGUCAUUUGCUGUGAUUCUUAGUGUAAUGGUGGCUGAAUUGUUAUUUGUUAUUUGUUAUGAGUCAGUGUGUGACGACUCUGGCUUGCCUAGACUCCUUCAAGUUAUGCACAUGUGCUUCCUGUCCACAUUACUGCUGAUAUACACUCGUCUUUCUCACACUCUCUUGAGUUCACUGCACUCUUGUAUUUCCUCAAAUUUCUUAGAAAUUAAACUACUUCAAUCUUCGUCAUUACACUGGCUGAAGCCUCGUUCCUGUGCAACAAAGGAGUUACACUUAGCAAAUUAAUUAUAUAUUCCUCAUUAUAUAUAUAUAUAUAUAUAUAU